AUGUGUGACGAACCCGCACCACGACAAAAAAUACCUAAAGAUGGCUUCGGACCUAGAGGAGCGCCAGACUGUUAUUAUACGUCACGGGUGCUGAACUCGACAUUUCGCUAUUCGAGGUUCGUCCGUAAACUUCGCGCUGAAGAGGAGGAGCAGCGGAAGGGUGCAGAGAAUAAGGCCAAAGAGAUGAAAGAUCAACAGAUCAAUGAUUUUUUUCUACGCAGUGACCGCAGAUCUCUUAUCAACGAUGUAGCACGUCGCGUCGAUCUCUGCAUGGCCUCGUACCAAGAAGAUCUAAACAAGAAGCGAGAUAUAUUGAAAGAUCUAUUUGCUCGUGAAGAGGAAGAGAACAUACGGAAGCUCGUUGAACAAGCGCAAGCUGGAGCAGAGGCGGUUUGGCAAGAGAAGAAGAAUAGGCUCCAAUAUCUGCUCGAUAAGAGAAAAAAAGAGCACGAGGAGAAGUAUAAAGAUACUCCACUGUCCAAAUGCGUUCAUGUUUUGCCGUGCAUUUACAAGAUGCGAGCUAAGGAAGCGCAGGAGGUCCAGUUGUACCAGAUGAAAGAGAAGCAAGCGCGCAAGAUGGCGGAAAUGGAGUUCGACAAAAUGUGGCACGAGGUGGCCAUGAAGGAGGCUGACGCUUUGACAGCACGAAUGGAGUAUGACGCUAUUGAACGCUUCCGGAAGGACAGAGAGUGCAAAGAGUACUCAGAUUACCAACUGGAGCAGAGACGUAUUCAAAGGGAGAAGGAGAGAGAGAUGUUGAAACAGGAGACAUUGAGGUUUAUGUCCAUGUGGGAAGAGGACAAGAGAAAGGAAGAAGAAGACGAACAAAUGCGAAAAGAGAAAACAAUAGAAAUAGCAGAGGAACGUAAGAAAAUGAUUGAGGAGAAACAAGAGAUGCUCGCGAAGCAGCAAGCAGAGGAGAAGUUAGUUUCAGAUGCGUGGGACUCCCUCGCUGGGCAAGGGCUUGCAGAUGAAAAGGCAAUGAUCGAAUUAAGAAAGAGAAAAGAGAAAGAACUAGAUGAAUGCAACAAGAAGCUUAUAGAGCUAAAGAAGCAGAUGACGGAGAUGGAAGCUCAAGAUGAUGUAUACAGAAGAGAGCAAGCGCAGCGGUCCCAAGAUGUAAUGGAUCGAACCCGAUGCGAAUAUUUAAAAUGGUCUCGAAGGACCAACGAGGAAGUUCGUCAAGCAAUGAAAGAUCAGAUCAUAGAGCGUCAGCAGGCCAAGGAACUACUGAAAAAGAAAAUGGCAGAAGAAAACGAAUACUACAGACAGCUGUCCGAACAACUAAAACAACUGGCGGAACACAAAAAGAAGGUUGAUGCUGAGGCAAAGAAGCAACAUCAGAGGAACUUACUGGAACAGAUGGAGUAUAACAAUUUAUUGAAGGAGCGAGCACGACAAGAAGAACUCGAUCAAAUAAAGAAAUACCGGAUCGCUACAGAAGAAUACGAGCAAGAGAUGAACAAGAUGCUGUGCCGACCGUUUUUCAGCGAGGAAGUUCAUCCUUUUAUGAAGCAAAUGGCUAAGCGGCUGAAAAUGAAAGAGAAGUGUCCGUGUUCCAAGAGUGAUUAUUGUAAAUGA